GAAAAGAGAAAACUAAACGAAAUUUUAUUUACUGAUGUAUAGACAUGUAUAAUUAUUCGUCAAUUAAAUUUUCAUUGAUGACAUCACCGUCACACACGGUUCAAUAAAUGGAAAACAAAUUCUUUGUCUCUUAUCCGCUGAUGGAAAACACGCCAUCGUUAUAUGAAGAGCCCUUAAGAAACGCUUACAACUCGGUGAGUGGCGCAACCAUAGAAAGUAUUCGCAUAAUUACCGUGUAUUUGCUGCGACAGUCGUUCCAAGAUGGCGUGGAUUAGAAUUAAGGCUUGGAUAGUGAUUUGUGGUUUGCUACAGAUAUCUGCGUUCAAUGUUCGCGUAAGUGACGUAACAACGACCAGUGUUCGGUUUAGCUGGGAAGAAAAUUGGCAAAAAGUCAACUUCAGUUACAAAGUGGUUGGUGAAAACGAGAAUCACACCCAAACCGACUCACCAAUCAAAGUGGACGGCCUAGAUAAUGGACAAACUUACGAGUUUAAAAUAUCUACAGAUAAUUUGACGUGGGCAGCGAACGUUACAAUGGGCGAAUGCCCGCCAGGACUAACCGGAUUCGAAUCUUUAUGUUACUGGGCGAACGGCAGCCAAACAUGGCAGAAGUCGAACGGUUUAUGUCGUAAUUAUUCACCAAACAGCCGUCUUGCCGACCCAAGAAACGUAGAUGAAAACCAAUUCCUGUUGAAAGUUUUGCCAAAUGAGGAGCUCAUGUACUGGAUCGGUGUAAACGACAUAGAGAAUGAAGGCGAUUUUGUUUAUUCCGAUUCCACUAAAGUCCCAUUAGAAUUACAAUCACAAUUGUGGGACGCGAAUAGUCCUAAGUAUGACGCAACAAACAAAGAGGAUUGCAUUGUUCUAUUGUUACCACUGAUACGAAGCACUGCGCUCAAGUGGAACGAUAAGGAAUGUGGGAGAGAUUUGCAUUUUUUGUGUGAAUACCCAGUUCCCCCUUCCCCCGAAACGAUCAGCAUUGUGACGUCACCAUACUCUGCAAAAUUUAAUUGGACAGUACCAUUAUCCAAACGGGGAUCACUUUUGUCAGUUUUCGUUUUAAAAAUCCGCAAUGCUCAUGGGUUUAAGUUUGAAACAUCAACCAAUGAAACUUGGAGCAAGGUUUCCAACCUACAACCUGGGUCAUUGUACGAAGCAAACGUCACAUCUGUGCAUCACAUUGACGAUUAUGACGCAUCAAACGGAGGGACUUACCCUUCCCAGUUUUUUGUAACAACACCCAUACAGCCACAUAACUUACAUGUGUUGAAUCUAACUCCAACCUCAGCUAUGGUUCAGUGGGAAAUACAAACCAACAAUAACACGUAUACAGGGUUCCUUGUGACGUACAAACCAAACGAUUAUGACGCCACAGCUAGUGGAAGUGGUUAUGAGGUGGGCAACAUUUUUGUAAACAAUGGAGUGAUUGUUGUAGACAAUGAGACAACCAACGUCACAAUAAAUGAUAUGGAACCUUUUCUAUUGUUUCAAGUUAAUGUCGUGACAAUAAGCAAACAAUACACACCACGUUACUGGGCAACGUCCCAAAGUGACGUCACAACAGUUACAUUUAAAACACGUGUUUCCCCUCCACGCUAUCUACGUGUCAAUCAAAGUUCUUUGGCUGAAAAUUCUUUUUCAAUAUUUUGGCUCGAAGCUAUUGGGUUUGUUCAAACAUAUGACAUCACAAUCACUUCGAAUUCAACGAAACAAAGCAAAACCUUCAACCUGGCAAACCACGAAACUAAAUUUAAGAUAAACGACUUAACACCAGGCGAUAAUUACAUCAUAGCUAUGACGUCAUUAAGAGAAGGGGAAAAGAGCUCGGUAGUUGAAGCAACGCAAACAACACGUCCUGUACCUCCAGAACUUAUAACAUUACACAAACCAGAAACAACUUCUAUAAACAUCACAAUCUUACUCAGCAACGAACAUUCUUUGUUUGAUGGAUUAAACUUUACAUUCAAAAGCAAAAAUGAUGAAAUAACAUGGAGAACCCAAGUAUCUCAUGCUCAUACAAAAAAAUAUGUUGAAGAUACAAUUAAUGGUCUAACACCGGGAGAAACAUAUACCAUGGUGGCAAUAACCACUAGUGGUAAUGUACAGAGCAUGCCAAUGUUAUAUCCAACCAUAAUAACCAUGGAUAUGGCAUCACCCGUUAACUUCAGAGUUUCUUCUAAAGAUGAAAGCCAAGUUGUUUUAGUUUGGGAUGUAGCUCCAGGUGUUCCAGGUGAUUCCAUGGUUCGAUGUAUAGAGUUGGAAGCAUCGUGUCCUAUAGAAGUUGAAUUGAUUAAACCAAACGAAGAUCGAAUAUUGCUUGUCAGUCCAUUAUCUCCAGGAGCAAGUUAUGUUUUCGCAGUUCAAUCUCAAAAUGGAGAAAAUAUUAGCAAUCAAAAGAAAUUAACAGUUAGAACAGUGCCUCUUGCACCCUCUGAGUUGGAGUUAAGAUUCAGAAACGAGACAUUGAUCAAGUUUUCAUGGAUUAAACCUCCUGGAUAUUUGGAUGGCUACCUGGUAACAUACAACAACAAUUCUCUGAAAAUAGAUCAUUCUGAUGUUACGACAGCAAACCUAAGUGAUCUUACACCAGGUUUAAAUUAUAAUAUAACAUUGGUGACAACCAGUGGUAAAGUAAGAAGCAAGAUGGUCCACAUGCUAACAGCAACAGAACCUCAAAUGGUUAAAAAUGUUUCUGUUUUGGAUCUUGGUGAGACAUGGGUUCAAAUACAAUGGGAGCUUAAAAGCGGAGGUUACCAAAGUUUUCAGAUAUCCAUUGAUGGAAUUGUGAUUACAAACGUUACAACAAUGCAAUAUAACAUUACAAUGUUAUCUCCUGUAACAAACUAUAAUGUUGGGGUUGCAACUGUAACAGAGGAAGAUAUAAGCGAUCAACAAACUGUUAACAUUCAAACAAGUAAGAUUAAUGAAAUUUUCAACAUAAACAAGAUUUUUUCAAACUUAAGCAUAAAUAUAACAAGUGUAACGUAUUCUUUGUUGUAACGUAUAUUCGUUUUUGUAAGGUAUUCUUUGUUGUGUCUGUGUGCGCUUUGAGUUGCAUCUAGCGGACAUCCGGGUUCUGCAUAGUCUGGAAUCUAAAUAACCUUAGUUUUCUCAUUAUAUUUUGGACACGCUAGCGGGCGGUCCGUUGUAAACCGCAGCCUAGAAUACCGAUAUAAUAAAAGCUCUGAUUGUGAGAAGUUUGUUACAUUGGUGACCACAGAGGGACCAUGGAAGAAAGACGCCUUAAGACGCCAGAAUUAGGUUUGAGCUGCCUUGAAGCGGAAAAUCAAUUGCUUCGCAGUCAGAUAAGCUCUCUUACCCGACGCUUGGGCAAUUUGGAGCGCAGAUUUACGGAGACUGAAAAGGUAAAGCCAAAAGUGGAGG